UCCUCCAAGCCUCUCAGAUUCUCCACCACCUCCAAAAUCUCCGCCACCAUCAACGUCGGCGACAAGCUUCCCGAAUCCACCUUCUCCUACCUGGACGCCGCCGGCGAUGUCCAGACCGUCACCGUCUCCGACCUCACCAAGGGGAAGAAGGCCGUCCUCUUCGCCGUCCCCGGUGCUUUCACCCCGACCUGCUCGCAGAAGCACGUCCCCGGGUUCGUGGAGAAGUCGGCGGAGCUCAAAUCGAAGGGCGUCGAUAUCAUCGCCUGCAUCUCCGUCAACGAUGCCUUCGUCCUCAAGGCGUGGAAGGAGGAUCUGAAGAUCAACGACGAGGUGCUGAUCUUGUCCGACGGGAACGGCCAUUUCACCAGAGCGAUCGGCGCCGAGCUCGAUUUGAGCGACAAGCCGGUCGGAUUGGGGGUUAGGUCGAGGAGGUAUGCGCUCUUGGCGGAGGACGGCGUCGUUAAGCUGCUGAAUUUGGAGGAAGGCGGUGCUUUCACCUUCAGCAGCGCCGAUGAUAUCCUCAAAGCGCUCUGAAUUUCUCGUCGUGAUGAGAUUUUUUCAGGUUUUUGUUCUUCUUCUUCUUCUUUUUCUUUUGUAGCUCGUUGGAUUGUUGGAUAGAAUAAACGUGUUUGGGUU